GUGGCUUUUCUCGUGUAAGUAUAUGUAUAAAUUCGUGCAGCUGAUAAGUGAAUAACUGACAGGUGACAGGUAUCACAUAAGAAUCACAGUAGCUGCUAGCUGGUCACAGCAGUCACAGCUGGUAGUUCUCUGCUCUGUAGCCUGUAGCUGUAGCUGGUGGUAUAACAGCUGGUAUUCGGUAGUGCUAACAGUUAUUGGGUACGCGGUGAAAAUCAUGAAUAUCGUUACCUGCAUUGCACCGGUCAACAUUGCUGUUAUUAAAUAUUGGGGAAAGAGGGAUGAAUUCUUAAUUUUACCAACCAACGAUUCCAUAAGUGCCACUUUAGACACAGACCAGUUGCAUGCAAGAACUACUGUAAUGAUCAGUCCUGAUUUCAAAGAAGAUCGUAUUUGGCUGAAUGGAAAAGAGGAAGAUGUAAAAAACGCGAGGCUUCAAAAUUGUUUAAAAGGAAUCAGGAAACGUUCACAAUUAUCUGGUUACACAAACGACUGGAAGAUUCACAUAUGUUCAAAAAAUAAUUUUCCAACUGCUGCUGGUUUAGCUUCCAGUGCUGCAGGAUAUGCAUGCCUUACAGCGGCAUUAGCUAAGCUUUACAAAAUAGAAGGAGACAUUAGCAUCAUAGCGCGUUCCGGUUCAGGAUCAGCAUGUCGCAGUACUAUAGGUGGUUUUGUAAGAUGGCACAUGGGUUCAGACAAGUACGGGACGGACAGUUUAGCAAAGCAAAUCGUGCCUGCGUCUCAUUGGCCUGAAUUGAGGAUUUUAGUGCUUGUUGUCAGCGAUGAGCAAAAAAAGGUUCCAAGUGCAAUAGGUAUGAAACGAAGCAUGGAAACAUCUCAACUUUUGCAACAUAGAAUAAUGCAUGUAGUCCCAGAAAGAGCUAAUAAGAUGCAACGAGCGAUCGUUGAAAAGGAUUUCAAAAAUUUUGCCCAACUUACUAUGAAGGAUUCUAAUCAGUUCCAUGCUGUGUGCCUGGACACGUAUCCUCCAUGUAUUUAUAUGAACGAUAUUUCCAACAGUAUUAUAAAUCUGGUACAUUCCUAUAACGAUGCAGUUAAUGACGUGAAGGUUGCGUAUACUUUCGACGCUGGACCGAAUGCUACGUUAUAUUUACUAGAGAAAGACGUAUCAGCGGUGAUAGGUGUUCUAGAUCACUUUUUUCCUCCUUCUGAAAAUGUUACGAUUGAAUACAGAAGAGGAUUACCUGUUGAAGGCAUUAAGCCUUCGCAAGGUAUCUUGGAGAAAUUAGAGCUUCAAAAGUAUCCACCAGGACAACUUAGAUACAUGAUAUAUACUAAAGUAGGAGAUGGACCUAAAUAUCUCAAUAAUCCACAGGAUCAUUUGUUAGAUGAUCAGGGUAAUCCUAUUAAUUGUUCUUGAUAGAUUUUUUUACAUCUUUACUAUUUACUAUUUACUAUUUACUGCUUUAAGUAUUUUGAAAUAAAUCAUUUAUAUUUCCUCCGAUUUUGCUAU